UCAUGUUUCCAUUUUUAUAGGAAGAAACAAGAAUGGCACAAAAACAGCUGAAAGAAGCCUUUGUCAGUAACUUGAAUGGAACUACUUUGCUGGAAAUUUCAUUAGGCUUUUCUGUAGCUCCAUUAUGUCUGCUUUGCAGAGGACUUCUGUUGAUCUUAUAUUAUCUGCACUAUGGGAAACCGUUAAGUUUAAGGAAAUACAAUUUGCUGCUAGAUUUUGUUGUGCUGAUAUCUCCUCUCCUGUUUUCCUGCACAGUCUUGGCUCCGGUCAUCUUUUGUGUGCCUCCCAUCAUUGCAGCCAUCUGUGCAGGAAUAUUUUCUAAAAUAUGCAGCCAAAGAAAACAUGACGGUGGGGUGUCUUUUAGGCAAAUUGUAAAUGACUUCCAGAAGACAUACUUAGAUCCAGAAUACAUUCCAUCAAUAACUCUGUUCCGUGUUUAUGUCAAUGUGUUGACAUCAAUCAGUAUAUUAGCAGUGGAUUUCCCACAAUAUCCAAGACGAUAUGCCAAAACCGAGACCUAUGGAACAGGAGUUAUGGAUUUUGGGGUAGGAGCCUUUAUUUUUUGUAAUGCGCUUGUGUGUCCUGAAGUUAGACAAAAAUCAUGUGCAACACAACCAAAAUUUUCCUUUCUGACCAGACAGUUUUUUUCCAUUUGGCCAUUAAUUUUUCUUGGUGUGGGACGACUGGUUAGUGUUAAAUCUAUAGAGUAUCAUGAACAUAUUUCAGAGUAUGGAGUGCACUGGAAUUUCUUUUUUACCUUAGCAUUUGUGAGACUUGCAGCAUCUCUAAUUUUGACCAUAUUUCCAAAAAGUAAAUCUUGGAUUGUUGCUAUGAAUCUUGCUGUAUUUUAUCAGCUUAUUCUUAAUAUUACCUCUCUGAAGAUGUUUAUCUUGCAUGGGAGCAAUGGCAAAGAUACUAGGGUUGGGUUUUUAAACGCCAACCGGGAAGGACUGUUGUCACUCUUUGGAUACCUCGCCAUAUACAUGGCUAGUGUGCAAGCUGGACUCUAUCUGCUGAAGCGCAGAAACUCUGUCAAAGAGUGGAUUGAAGCACUGCGUUCCCUAAUCCUGGUGGUUCUUGUGCUCUUUUUAUUUCUUCAUUUGUCACAAGUACACAUAGACCCCGUGUCUCGCCGGAUGGCUAAUCUGCCUUACUGCCUAUGGGUACUUGCUCACUGUCUGACUUUCUGCAUCGGUUUUGUAGCAAUUGAUCUCAUGCUGGUCUUUACAAAGCUUCUGGUGAGGGGGGCCAGUGUGCCCUGUUCCUGGAAUGUUUUACAGCCUGCCCAUUCCAGUAAAAAGCAUGACAUGGAGACUGUGCCUGCCAAGGGGGAAAGCAAGCUGCUGCACAUUUGCCUGAUCACUGCUAUUGAUAAAAAUCAGCUCCUGUUUUUCUUGCUAGCAAAUGUUAUGACUGGCGUUGUAAACAUAAUGGUAGAUACAAUUCACAGCAAGACUUCAUUUGCAUUAGGUGUGCUACACUUGUAUAUGUUUUUUAACUGCUUAAUUAUGUAUUUGUUGCAUGCAAAAAAUAUAGUAUUAAAAUUUUGGUGAUUUCACUUAACUGGACCAGUUAAACUUUCUUUGCUGCUUUUGAAUGAUGGUGUUUUAAUGGAAAAAUGAAUAUAUUUUUCUGUAUGUAUGGCUGCAUAGAUGCAGUAAUCUAUAACAGUAUAAUUAUGAUUUAGCAUUAGGGGAUAUAUGUUUUAGA